CAUUGUUCGGACCCGGAACAAGGGCGAUCCCCCGGCGUUCUUUCACUUUGAGACAAUAGGUCUAGCCGCUGUUCAUUUCCGUGCGAGUGCUUUGCCCGCCUGCACCACUGCCAUACAUUCUCACUCCUUGGGCAAAACCCACUUUGACAUAUACUCACGCCAUCGACAUCAGCGGAUUCGUGAGGCAGUUGCUUAAGAUUUUGUCUUGCUGGACCGCCUACAAACAGAGGGAGCCACGUGAUUGCCCUUUAACACCUUCGAGAACAGCCGACUUCUUUCCAGAUGGGAAGCACAACAAGGCAGCCCCUGACUCCUGCACUUACAUGUCAACACGCCAUAACGACCUGAGUCAAAUCUCGACUUGAUGGCAAGUUCUGUCAUUUCCAUCUCAUCAGACUCCGAUGAUGAGGAUGUGCCUGCAUAUUUGGCCGCAUUGGCCAGCAAUGUUCAGCUUCCGACAGUGAGACUGGGGGAUUCCAGCGAUGAUGCCAGCGAUGAUGUGGCUAUGGAGUGGGGAUCAAGCCCACGAACCGACUCUGGCUUCGAGACUGACAGCUCACUUCGUCUGCCGUUUAGAGCUGUGCCAAAAGAUACUUCGAAAAAGCCCCCUCUCGUUUGCCUCGACGACUCUGAUGGCAAGGGUCAAAACGAUAUGCUUAUGGAUGAGCCCAUCGUGAGAGACCUCGGACAAACAAUUUUUGAUGACACGAAAGCGUUAUCUGAGACUGACACAGGUGGCUCGGUCCGGCCCCAAGAUCAUCAUACCGCCCUGUCAAGCUCUUCAUCCCACAGCGGUGCAGUCAGUGUUCAUCUACCAAUAUCGACACUGGUUAACCCGCGCUCCAGCUUUGAUGGUUUUGUGCCUCCAGCUCAAGAGAUCUUUGAAACCCGUUUUCUGCAAGUCCUUGAGCGAGAUGGAACCCAAGAAAGCACAUCCGACUACAUCGAAGUCGACUUGGACAACUUCGCCGUCUAUGUCGAUUCAGUCAGAUAUCCACAUGAGCUACGGCCACUGCAGGCUUUAGCAACAAUGCUGGGAAACACCAUUCUGUACUUCGAUGGCGAAGUACAUGUGGGUGCGCAGCACUUUUUCCUAAAGAGGGUCCCAUUCCGGGCCUUGCCUAUUGGCGGCUACGAUAACGACACGGAAACGGUCAGGCAUCAGAUCUGGAUACACUCUAUGUUGAACGAGAGAAGGAACAAGCAGAUCUUCUACCGUCUGAGAGCACCAGCGAUCGAGUACGAAAGGUUUUACACACCUUUCCUCUGGAUCGCAGACCUGGCAAAGCAUUUCAUCAGCUUCUGCGACAGCUACCAUUCAAUAGGCAAACGUGUGAUGCUUGCGGACAUGAAGCACCAAUUUCAAGCCUAUAUCAUUGCCAAACAUGGAGGUUCAACUUUAGUUGACGCAUGGCUCGCCGCUAACAGAAGUCCUGACUUCCGUUCGGUCAUCAUAGCGAAUGCAGAAUACAUCUGGAAAGAGGCCAACGGGGUUUCUGCCCAUCCUUCACGGCACACAAUCUGGAAAGAGAUUAAGACCUUCGAUCAGUAUCGGCCUAAUCUAAAUGUGUCACCACACUCACUAACUCGCGCCGGUAUUACGAUUGCAAAGACGUCCGUGACGCCGUAUAUUUACGGGCUGUUUGAGCACUUCGACUUCAGCCCUUUUCUCGAGGCAAUUCCUCUCUCACCCACUGUCCAAACGGCCCAGUCACAUCAAAGUUCAUUGAAUUCCCGACACACAAUACCAAUAUCGCUCACGAGAUCCGCGCGCUGCUCUACGGAGUGUGAUAGGACAGACUUCCUCAGGAGUAUCGAGCCUGGAGAUGUUAUCUCGACCCAUAUGGACAACCCCGAGAAUACGGCCACGGCCUGGACAUUGGAGCCAUCCAUACACCAUGAAGAUGAUCACGUCUGGAUGGCUCGAGUGCAAAAGGUCCACAUACACCCAGCCACAGCAGCUCGCCUCUUUGACGUCCUGUGGUUGUACCACCCACGUGACACUUCUUGUGGAAGGAUGAAGUAUCCCUGGAAGAAGGAAAUGUUUCUCUCCGACAAUUGCACGUGUCACUCUAGAAGCACAAGGCUCAGUGAAGCCGACAUCAUCGCAGUUCACGAAGUGGAAUGGUUUGGUGAUGAGUCAAGCACCGCCGAGUUCUUCAUUCGCCAGAUCUACCUCCCAGCGCAGAACAGAUGGGAGCGUUUGCAGACAAGGCAUUUCGAUUGCAGUGUUAGGGAAGCUACGCUGGAUGACCUUCAGAUCGGCGAAACCGUGCUUGGGCCAUCCGUAGGCCCAAACCGUGGUGCGCAUCGCCUGCAACCACUAGUCAUCGAGGAUCUGGAGGUCGACGACCACGGCAAGCAGUGGGCGACUGUCAGAAUCUUGGCACGCCGGCUUGAGAGGCGCGAUCACGGUCCAUUCCCAGCAAGACAGUCUUCGGCCCUCAAUGAGCUGUUCUGGACAUCAGAAUCAACGAAGAUGAGGACGGGUCGCUUCCAAAGGCGAUGCUUCGUACGGAUUGUGGAAGAGAACGAGGAAUUACCUACCCCAUACGAUCGCAAUGGAGCAGGCGAUCUCUUCUUCAUCCGGCAGACGGAAGAAAAUGCGAGCCAGCUGGGAAGUCUCCGGCAGGCCUUCGACCCAGCGCAGAACCCCCGCGAAACCCUACGGGGGCUAGAUCUCUUCUGCGGCGGUGGCAACUUUGGCAGAGGCCUUGAGGAGGGCGGCGCCAUUCGCAUGCGCUACGCUAACGACAUUUCCUCAAAGGCCAUUCAUACUUACAUGGCUAACAACGACUCGACCUGUCAACCCUUUCUAGGAUCAGUAGACGACCUACUACAUAGCAUUGCUCAGGGGUUAGACGGGGUACCCAAACCUGGGGAUGUCGACUUUAUCUCCGGAGGAUCUCCGUGUCCAGGCUUCUCGAGGCUGACUAUAGACAAGACUACAGCCCGGCAGCAGAAGAACCGGUCGCUCUCUGCCUCGUUUGCCUCAUUUGUCGACUGUCUACGGCCUAGCUUUGGGGUCCUCGAGAACGUCAAGGGCAUAGUAGAAGCAAAGGACCGGAGGGAUAGCUGUGUGCUAUCGCAGCUGAUCUGCGCAUUUGUGGGACUUGGCUACCAAACCCAGCUCAUGUGGCUGGACGCCUGGUCCUUUGGUGCCCCCCAAAGCAGAGAGCGUGUGUUUCUCUGUUUCGCGGCCCCCGGCUGUGUGCUGCCACGGAUGCCGGAACCAUCGCACUCCCAUCCCCCCGGGACAAAGAUGGUCAGCCUUGGCAAAAUGUCCAAUGGGCUGCCGUAUGGACAGCGCGAGGAUGUCAAGACUCCUUUCGAGUUCCUCAGCGCCAGUGCCGCCACGGCAGACUUGCCGUCCGUGUAUGACGGCAAGGCAGAUUACUGCAUUGGAUUUCCAGACCACCGACUGUCAGUCGGCUACACAGCACUCUUGAGGAAGCAGCUCAGUGCAGUUCCCACGAGGCCUUAUGGCCUCAACUUCCGCAAGAUCGCAUACAGUACAGACGGUGGAGAACCUAUCCUACGCAAGUCACAGCUGCAUCUCUUCGGUCCUCAGAGGUUGACACCCUCGGGCACAAAGCGCGAGAGAGCCAGCGCAACCUCGAAGGGCUGGGGGCGGGUCCAUCCACAUGGGUUGUUCAGCACGGUGACCACGGCUUGUCAACCCGCCGAUGCAAGGGCUGGAACAUGGAGCCAUUGGGACCAGAACAGGCCUAUCACCGUCUUGGAGGCACGGCGCGCCCAGGGAUUUCUAGAUCACGAAGUGUUACUUGGGGGACCGCCCGAGCAGUGGAAGGUGGUCGGGAAUAGCGUGUCGCGACAUGUCGCACUGGCACUGGGAUUAGUGUUCCGAGAAGCGUGGUUCGGGACGCUGUAUGACGAACAGCCGAGCCGAAACAUGGCAAGUUUGCAAGAAGAGACGAUGCAGAUGUGAAUCCAAUGAUAGAAAAUAUGGC